UGCGCUAGAUUCAUUUCCGUUUGUCAAAAAAUAUUUGCAAGGAACAUUUUCUUUUACGUUUUUAUUACUUUACACGAAGAAUCCGUUACAUCGUUUCACACAACUUGUAUAACUGUGUUGAGAUGGGUAAUGAAGCUGACCCUAUCCCACAUGAACGACCUCCAACUCCAACCAAGAUUCUAAGGGUGGAAGAAAGCUUAUGGACAAGAGUGAUUCAGUUCAUUGAUUCUGUCAAAAAGGCUGCCUUUGUAUUAGGAACUGCUCUUAUUGUAUUCAGUGCUCUGAGGAAUUCUCUUACAUGGCAUUUACAAAAUGUAUGGGGCGCAAGUGGGGACUUUUGGGAGAGCCUAUGGAACAGUGUGAUUGAGGCCUAUUCUGGUGACUACUUCAAAACAUUUGUGUAUGGGACAUUUUUGUGGAGCAAUGGAAUGUUUUGGUUGUUCAAUUUAUUCUUCAUCUUUGUUGAUCUUACGGGUAUGCCCUCCACUGUGCUGAAAUACAAGAUACAGCAGGAUAAAAAUGUACCUCUGGACAAAGGGAUGUUCCUGAAAGGUGUAAAACGUGCCAUAUUCAACCAGACAGUUGUAGGCUUCCCUGUCAUAUUUGCUGCCUACUUGCCCUUCCUCUGGAAAGGUUGUUCUAUUGCCACUCAAGACAUGCCUACUUUCCAGUGGGUCGUCUUUGAGGUGUUUAUUUUCUCCCUGGUUGAGGAAGUUGGAUUUUAUUAUGCUCACAGAUUGUUUCAUCAUCCAAAGUUGUACCGCCAUAUACACAAAGUACAUCAUGAGUGGACAGCCCCUAUUGGCCUGACAUCUAUAUAUGCCCACCCUCUAGAACAUGUACUAUGUAACCUUAUCCCGGCAAUUGCAGGUCCUUAUAUAAUGGGUUCUCAUGUGUCUACACUGUGGUUGUGGUUGAGCCUUGUGAUUGGAUCUACAACAGUCUCUCAUUGCGGCUACCAUCUACCCUUCCUUCCCUCUCCUGAGGCUCAUGAUUAUCAUCAUCUCAAAUUCAAUCAGAAUUUUGGUGUCUUGGGGGUACUAGAUCGCCUUCAUGGUACGGAUGCUUUAUUCCGGGCCAGCAAACAGUAUUCCCGUCACGUCUUACUGCUUAACACCACCCCACUGUUACAACAGUUUCCCGAUGAUCCAAAGCAACAAAAACACCAAGAUUAAACUACUAAACCCCUUUCUGCAGUUCCUAGGAUUUGAAGAAAAAAAGAAUAUAAAAGAAAAUAUUUAUCUUACAACCUACCUAUUAUAUCCAACCUACCUAUUAUAAGCAAAACAGUUUUCAUAAAGUUUUUACGAACCAUAUACAUGUAUUAAUCCAAGAUUCCCAUUGAAUUUAAGACCUUUUGUGAAGGACAGAAUUGUUUGCUUAGAAAAUCCAUUCAUAAUAUAAUUUAAAGCUUGUUUGAAAGUGCACUUUUUUAAAAGUGGUAAAAAUAAGCAACACUCAUUCUACAAAGGUCUUAAUUUUAUUGUCUUGGAUAAUUUCUACUGCAGAGUCAGUGUUAUAUACAACUUAUACUAUAGUUGUACAUCUACUAAUACCAAAGUUGCAUAUUUCAGUAUUUCUGACAUGUUCCUUCUGGGAACUUUAUAACCAUUUCUGUAUUUGUAUUUAGAGAUAUUUUCAUUAUUAUGAUUAUAUCUUGUAGUAAUGAGGCUUUGCCACAAAGCUAAUUUUAUUUGAUGGUUGGAGGGGGAUAAAAGACUAUUAGCUAGUUUCAUUUAUUUAGUGCCAUGAAUAUCAGUCUUUGGGUCAAAUUAAACAGGAUUCAUUCUUUUAUCAGGACAUAAACCAUUUUUGGCUAGUUUCAGUCAGGG